AUGGCUAGCAAAUACCAUGUAAGAUCGGUUAGUUUGCUUUCGAGAUCACAUCCCACCACACUCAUAAUAGAGGAUGAGUUGAACCGGUUCAAGACUUGGGAAGCAUCGGCUGUGUUGACAUCGGAGUCGAUUUCUGCCGGUCUUUCGAAGCUCGGGGAUUUGUAUCAAUGCAUUGAUGAUCUCCUUAAUAUGGCUUCGACGCAACAAGUACUCUCCAUUCGUCGACACGAGAAAUGUGUCGAUGAAUUGUUGGAUGGAUAUGUGAGGCUUUUAGAUAUAUGUGGUAUUGCGAGGGAUUACAUGUUUCAGAUCAAGGAACAUGUUGGUGCUCUUCGAUCUGCCGUGAGGAGGAGGAAGGGAGAUUCGAGCAUCGAGAGUAACAUCCUUCGUUACGCGUCGUUCAGGAAGGCGAUGAAGAAGCAGGCGAGGAAAUUGAUCACGGAAUUGAAGCAAAUGGAUGAUAAAUUGGAUGCAUCAUCGUCAUGUCUGGACCAGGACCAUCAUUUCUCGGCCGUGAUUCGAGCUCUGAGACAAGUUAACAGAAUGAAUACUUGCGUGUUUCGAUCCCUUUUCUCGUUCCUGUCGACAUCAGUUUCGACGAAGCAAACGAGGUGGUCUCUGGUGACGAAGUUGAUGCAUAAGGGUGUGGUAGCUUGUGAAGAGAAGCAAGGUAUUGUUAAUGAAUUAGAAAGCGUGGAUGCUGCAGUUUGCAGGUCACAUGCUUUGGAUGUUGGAAAGAUGCAAACCGCACAUAAAAGAUUGGUGGCAUUGGAGAGUAGCACUGAAGGCGUGGAGAACCGUGUGGAGUGCCUGUUUAGGCACUUGAUUAAAGCAAGAACCUCUCUUUUGAACAUCAUUUCUCAAUAG